UGUAUAUAUGCCUGUAUAUAAUACAUUCCCUAGCCGUCGAGUUGCUCAGAUGCUGCAGGUACAACUCGGUGACAAGUUUAGUGAGUGUGACUGCCAGACUGUAAAACGAAAAUGAGCAAAGUACAGGAAAAAUUCCUUAAAAAGGAUGAAAUUAAUCUCUUCAAUCCUACUAUAUUAGAGAAACUGUCAUUACCAGCUACAGAUGGAUUACUUAUAAGACCUCUAAAAAGUACAGAUCAUGAGAAAGGCUACUUGGUACUUUUGUCUCAAUUGACUGAUGUUGGAAAUAAUAUUACCAAGGACCAAUUUCUAAAUAGAUUUUUUAGCAUAAAAGCUGCAGGUGGUUACUACAUUGUUGUUAUAGAAGACAUAUAUACUGGAAAAAUAAUUGGCUGUGCUACAUUACUUGUGGAGCAGAAGUUUAUUCAUAACUGUGGCUUGCGAGGUCGUUUGGAAGAUGUAGUGGUUGACAACAAUUACAGAGGAAAGUCAUUGGGCAAACUAGUGGUGACUAUUAUAGUGCAGUUAUCACGCUACUUUCACUGUUAUAAAUUAUCUUUAGACUGCACAGAUCGUUUAGUGCCAUUUUAUGAAAAUAUUGGCUUCAAACGGGAACCUAACAAUGCAAACCAUCUUAAUAUGCGGUUUCCAGGUGACAAUGUUACUGAACAGUCCCAUUUAUAGCAAUAGAUCAACUAUUUUAUUGUGGCCUUAUCUACUAUAAAAAUAUAAUUAAAAUUCUUAUCCAUUUAAGUAUUAAUUUCUGGAGAUUGAAAUAAUUCAUAUUUUUUAUGGAGAAAAAAUAUCAAAUUCUCUAAUAUCUCACUAAUAAGUAGGAAUAAAAAGUAUAUGUUCUACUUGUAAGUUAUUAUCUAUAAUAUUGAUAUUUGUACUUGUAAUAUUGGCAUGUGUUAACAUGCUGACAAAUUUUAGAUCUUAAAUUAUUUAACUUACUAUUUGUAUUUUGACCCUAAAAAAAGGGCUCUUACAUAUGUAUAUAAAAUAUUGUCAUAGACUGUAUAGGUUGUAAAAACAAGUAAUUGUUAAAUAAAAUAAUUUUUCUUAA